CUCGCGGUACUGCUGCUCGAAGAUGGCGGCCGAACUGGUGGAAGCGAUGAACAUGGUUAAAAGUUUCCGGGUGUCAGACCUGCAGACGCUGCUGGCCUCAAUGGGUCGCAGCAAAAGUGGUCUGAAGCAGGACCUUGUGGGGCGAGCGUUGAGGCUGGUGCAGACUGAAUACAGCCCAGAGCUUCUGAAGAACGUCAGGCAGCUCUACGAGUCCCGCUUCCCCAAAACAUCUGGCUGGCUUGCAGCACGGCGUCCAGAGGGCGUUUCAGUUGCCUACUCAUCCCUCAACUCCUCCCCCACUGCCACCUCUCAGGGCGCAGACUACCUCAAUGGUAUUUCCAAACCGAUCCCCACACCUGCAGCAGAAGUUAAACUGGUGCCACUGCCCUUCUACCAAACAUUGGAGACACUCUUGCCACCAACAGAGCUUAUUGCCCAGAACAAUGAGAAACUGCAGGACAGUCAAUGCAUAUUUGAGUUAACUCCAAACCAAGCAGAUCAGAUCAGAAAUGCAAGUGAUCUUCGUCCAGGAAUGAGAUCAAUCCAAGUCGUUCUUAGAAUCUGUUACACAGACUCCAUUGGUGUCCAGGAGGACCAGUAUCCUCCUAAUAUUGCUGUCAAAGUCAACCAGUCCUACUGUCAUGUGCCAGGAUAUUACCCCUCUAAUAAACCUGGCGUUGAACCCCGUCGUCCUUGUCGACCUGUAAACAUCACUCCCUGGUUGCAUCUCUCCACCGUCACUAACAGAGUCACUGUCGCCUGGGGAAACUUUGGCAAGCGGUACUCUGUGGCAGUGUACUUAGUGAGGGUCUUCACUGCAGCAGACCUCUUCAGCCAACUCAAACUCUGCUCCGUGGAGAGUGCAGAACGUUGUCGUGAACGCAUACAAGACAAACUACGCUUUGACCCAGAAAGUGAAAUUGCAACCACAGGUCUUCGGGUUUCUCUCAUCUGUCCAUUGGUGAAGAUGCGACUCGGUGUACCGUGUCGGGUUUUAACUUGUGCCCACCUUCAGUGUUUCGAUGCAGUCUUCUUCCUGCAGAUGAAUGAGAAGAAGCCCACAUGGACUUGCCCCGUCUGUGAUAAGCCCGCUCCCUUUGAGCUGCUCACAAUUGACGGGCUGCUAUCUGAGAUUCUGAAACAGACGAGCGAGGACAUUGAGGAGAUUGAGUACCUAACUGACGGCUCCUGGCAACCCAUCAGCGAUGACAAGGAGAGGGACAGGGAAAGAGAACGCAGCGACACACCGGAGUACCCUGUUGUUGAUAUAUGCAUUCCUGAGGCAAACGGUCAUUCGCCGGCCCACAGCAGCACCAGCCUGACGGGCAAAUCUGGAAGCAGUUCCGUUGGGAUGGCAGGAGUCGCAGGAGGAGCUGCUGUGGCGCCAGGAGGAGGCGCAGUGGUAGAUCUGACUCUUGACUCCUCCUCUGAGGAGGAGGGGGGUGGGGCAGGAGGAGACAGUGAGGACACGGAGGAUAGCGCUGACAGUCCUGCUCCCAAGAGGGGCCGAUAUAACUAUGACAAGGACCUGGUUACUGCCUACUGACCCCGCAGCUCUGUCCCCUCAUAGACUGACACACAGACAGAGACAGAGGCAGGGGGCUAAAAACAUGAGGACAGGAACACAGUAAUCCACUAGAUGCAACGACCCUCCUCGAUGCUCCAAAACCAGAGCCUUUUAGCAGCUCUGAUUUAUACCCAAACAAAUCAAACAUGCACUGUUGAUGAAUCUUCAGUCUAAAGUGAUUAGGAUUCCUCUUUGUACUGUACACCACUGGAAGCAACUAACUCUUUUUGGUCAACUGUCACCUUGCAGUGAAUAUCUGCACCAUCCUGCCUGUACUAAAGAAACUGAGUGGAUCGAGCACCCCAACAGCACCACCACCACCCCCUCCCCCCCUCCUUUCUUCCUCCCCUCCCUGACUAUUUCCUCUCUACAACCCAUCACUCUUUGUAUUUGACUUGGAAUGACAGGCUCUUUUUUUUAGCCCUGAGCGUUCAGUGUUUGCAUUCAUUUUUGUCACAGGUGUGAUAAACAGGCAAGUUGAAAUGGAAGGUCCUCAGUAGUUUUUCUUCUUAAAGGCGACCAAUUGGAAAAGAGCAUGGCUAACUUUGGGGUUGGACAAGGUAGAAUAUGUGGUGUGACGCUAAUUUAAACCUCUUCUCUUAGGUUAUUGUUUCUUAGUUAGCAAAAUGAAUUCAAAGCUUGAAAGGGUUUUUUCAGGAAUUUAAACCUUUUUAAUUAUGAAAGGGCAAAACACAAUACUGGCCUCAAUGUGUGAUGCUUUCCAUUUUUAUUUUGUCCUUCGAUAAAAAGAACCUACCUCAGUCAUAACAACUUAGCAGACUGACCAGGGAGUAGCUAAGAAAGAAGCAUAGGGCAGAAUUGAUGAGUCUUUCUGAAGCCAAUUUUACACUGGAGAUUUUGUUUUUCCGCAUUGUUUUUUAUUCUUUAAUUCAACGUUCCAUGCUGCUCUGUUUCGUCCAGCAACAACACCAUCUUUAUUGAAG